AUGGCGACGCAGACGCAGGUGUUGAUUGCCCACACGGGCCAGCGCCUGCAGGUCGAUAUCUCUCUGUUCACAUCCCUCGAUGAUUUUAAAGGAUGGGUCGCUCGGCAGAGUUCUAUACCGGUGCAAAAUAUUGUCGCACUUUCAUCGCAGGGAAAGACGGUCAAGAUCCAGACCAUACAAACCGAGAAAGAGAUUUAUGUCUAUGAUAUUCGGAUAACGCAGGCCUCUUCGCCUGGUGCUUCAAAUUCUCUUAUAUCCGAGUUGCCCGUACCCAAAAAAUACACUGUAUUCCCUGCUCCGAAUUCGAUUGAUGACACCCGUACUCUACAAUGUUGGCAGGAUUUGUUCAAGAGCCGCCGUGACUGGGCCAUGAGAGUGGUGGAAGAUAGCGGUGCUAUGGCUGCUGCGGCACGAACUCGGUAUGGAGAGAUAGACGUCAUAUUAAAAUGCCUCGAUGCUGCUGUGGCAAACCUCGAUACAGCUGUCAAACCUCUCUAUCAGAAGCACUCGGAACUAAAGAAAUGGGCAACGCCUGCCCUAGACGAAUAUGCCACUUUGGCCUCCAACUGGGAACAGUAUCUUGAAUUGGCACGGAACGUUCCCAUCUCCUCGGCCAUGGUGCGAUUCAUGACUGGUCAGGAUGUCCGAAGGCCCCGUCAAGCAGCCUUGGAAGACCUGAUCGAUCCUGAACCGACGCGAAAAGCCGGCAAGCUCGCAGCCACAUCAUUGCGAAAAUUUACCAACAAGAUCACCGAGCUGGACAGCACCGUUGAUAAGUUGUUUGCCGGCUGCGACGAACUGUUCCAGGAGUUUAAUAAACUAAUAGAACGCUCGGUAGUGAAACAUAGCAACGACUGUGGCCAACUACUAGAAGACAUAGAGGCCGUUGCCCUCAAGGUUGAUACGGACUACCAGGCCACGUUGGUGUAUACCAACCAAGCAAAAGGGCUCCUAUCAGCUUCAAAGACUGCAGCUAAUCACACACAACAGCUACUACCAACCAUUCAGAAACGAGCCUAUGAGAUGGACGAUAUGCUUCGUUACGCUACCCAAGCACGCAACGAGCUUGCAGCAGAUUCCCUCGCCUUCAUGCGCAGGAUUGCUGAGAUAACUAGUCUUCUUCAAAGUGUUAGGACCCAGAUCAAUGCUAUCAACAAUGGGGAGGAGGAAAUGACUACAUUCGAUUAUUUGCGCCUCAUUCAGCAACUUCCCUACAUGUACGCGUCUUUUGUUGUUGAAGCAUUACGACGCAAGGAUUGGUCCCAGAAAGUGAAGGUCGAUUCUUCGACGCUAUUAAACGAGAUGGCUGUAUUCCAGGACGAGGAGUUGAAAAGACGCCGGAAGUGGCAUAAGAUGAUUGGUAGCACAUAUGGGCCGGAAGAGACCAAGAAUAAUAGCGUUCUUGGUCUCGAAGUCAACCUUCGAGGCGAUGAUGAGGCUUGGCCCGAAACGACGAAGCAAGAGCUGGACGAAUUCUUGACGAUCCUAAGGCGUCAGAAUGCGGACGCAGGUGUUUUGGGCGACAUUACCAAACUUGUGAACGAACUCAAUAACCCAACCAAGCAACAGUCAAAACGGUUAAAGGCAUUCAAAAACGGCAGUGUUCAUGAAGCAGCCCUCGGGAAAAGCGCCUUACUUAUCCGGGGAGAUGAUGACCUCCUUAGGAGUCUACAAGUUGACAAGUCUAAAUUAGAGAGCAAACUGAAGACAGCAGAAAGUCGGGUCCGCCGCCUAGAGGAUCUGUUGCACCGCCAAACCCAGGCAUCAAGACCGUCUCCCUUGAGCAACCUUUUUCAGCCGCAACAAAACGAGUCCACUGGAUCUGUUAAGACAUCACGCGCACCAGAUCAACGCCGCCGAUCAUCGACUUCAGAGAACCCCGAGGUCCUACACCACCGUAUCGCACAACUGGAAGGGGAUUUAAUCGCCCAGAAGGAACGAUCUGCGAUGCUAGAACAAGAAUCUAAUGCACAGACGGAACAUAUGAAGGGCCAUCUUCUAGGAAAUAUGGAGGCCUUGAAAAGAGAAUUCAUCACUCUCAAAGCUCGCCUUGAGGAAACAGAAGACGAAAUCGAACACUUUGGCGAAUCUAGGGAAAACGAGAAACUUACGUACGAUGAGAGGCUUCAUUCUUUACAGGCGGAGGUUGAACGUCUUUCCAAAGAGAAGAAGGACGAUACCUUACGAACCCAGGGCCAAGUUGAAUUUCUGCGCAACGAAGCUAGAGUUCAGAGAGAACGUAAUGUAUCGCUUGAGAGAGAGCUGAAGGAGGCACGCGAGAAGAUCAAAGAGCUGAACAAACGAGCCGAGACCACCGAUGAUUGCAGGGAAACCCAGGCUCGCUCGCUUAGAGAGCUACAUGGUCAACUAUCGCCCAUGGAGGAUCCCCCUCAAGAUUUUUCAGAUCUAGUAGAUGCUGUUGCGACUAGGGCAAGCGAUGUUCUGGCAAAAUUCAGGUCCCUCGAGCAAGACGUAUCUCUAAUGAAGGCCGAUCUAGAGCUCGCCCGAAGCACGAUCAAGGAGUCAAGAUCUGAGUUGCAAGUCACGAAAGAGAGACUCUCUAGAGAAGAGAUGAGUGCCGUACACUUGCGUGAGACGUUAGACAAGGAGAGGACUAGAUGCACUACCCUUGAAAGGGAAGUCAAUGACGGACGAGAGCAGCUCAACCAAUUCCGUGUCAAGAUGACCGAAGGCGAAACGGGAUCGGAAAGUUUGCGAAAGAAGCUGGAAGACGAGGAGAAGCGAGUCGCAGUGCUUACUGAACAGUUGGCGUCGAAGCAGUCUCAAGUGGGCAGUCUUGAGGAGGAAGUACGGAUGUUCCAAGAGAAAUUGCAGUUGUCCGAUUCCACGUUGGAGGGUCUCAAUAACAGGUACGAGGCACGAGAUGGCCGCACAAAAGAACUCACCCAACGAUUGUAUACCCAAAAUGAGAGACUUUGUAGACUCCUCGAGCGUCUUGGUUUCUCAGUAACACGGUCGGAGAGGUCCAUGGCCAUCCAGAGAAUUCCCCGGUCAGAACGCGUGACCCAAAAUCCUAACGACUCUUCUGAUCCUGGAUCCUCCAUACGACGUUCUGUCUCUUUGAUAACUAAUUCUCUUGCCGACAGUACGGACCUCAAAUUACUUUAUUGGAUGAAUGCCGAGGACACGAAUACAGAAGAUGAACAAUACCAAGCUUUCAUGAACGGCCCUGGCAAUUUCGACAUAGAUACUUUCUCCGAAAUCAUGUAUCGCCGCAUAAAGGAAGUCGAGCAUAGCACCCGAAAGAUGACGCGGGAUGCUCGCAAUUAUCGGGAACGAGCACAUGAACUCGCCAAGGAAGCCCGGGACAAGAUUGCGUUUCGACAAUUCAAGGAGGGCGAUUUGGCUUUGUUCUUACCGACGCGUAAUCAGACAACGGGUGCCUGGGCUGCCUUCAACGUUGGCUGCCCUCACUUCUUCCUGCGUGAGCAAGAGGGACACCGUUUGCGUAGCCGUGAGUGGCUUGUAGCUCGUAUAACACGUAUACAGGAGCGGGUAGUCGAUUUGUCUAAGAGCCUGCAGUCUCCCGCCGCCCCUCCAUCAGACGGCGAAACCGACUCGGUAAAUACUGGCGAUGAAAAUGACAAUCCGUUUGAUCUUUCAGAUGGUCUUCGCUGGUGGCUCAUCGACGCGCACGAGGAUAAACCCGGAGCUCCGUCUACCCCCGGCCUUGCCAUUGCGGAUAUUCAUGCUCACGGUCGCCCGUCAAAGGGGAAGUCUAAACUUGGAUCCAACGGCGGAAUUGAGGGCGUCAGUAGGACCCUCAGCAAGAGUCUCGAGAGCAGACGUAGUAGCACGGGCUCUAAGAAAGCCCUGCCACUUGGUACUGGGAAAGGCAGUGCCCUAGCUAGCGAGACAAACAGCUUGCGUGCCGUAGUGGCCGAUAGCCCGGGCGCCACGAGCCCGAGCCCGGCGGCUGAACAAGGGGCGGCAGGACCAAGUGGGACCCAACAGGAGCCGACGGAGGAUAAGGGGGAUAAGGGGGAUAAAGGGGAUAAGCGAAACUCGGUGGACAAGAGCGAAGACAAUGAGCACCGACCAGCAGACGAAAGCAGCCUUCUGAAUUCUCCGAUUCAUUUUGCCCCGCGCCUGCAGCAAAGACCAUCAGGCCAUCUUCGAACAUACUCACAGCCGCAACCACGGCAAUCACAACUCCGACGAGAAGUAAGCGCCACCUCGGUUGAAAGCCAGAGUCCGGUAAGGAGGAGUAUUGUGUGGGACUCGCUAUGGAACUUGGACGUUAGCUAUCCUGGCAAGUGAUUCGAUUAUUGAUCAAACAUACCUAGUAACCUAUCGUAUCCCCCCUUUUAUCUAAACAUCGAUACGCAAGCACCAACCUACCCUAGUUAUCUUCUGCCCCUGAAUGAGCAGAUGUCUUGUCUGUUCAUCAACUAGUUGAUGGCAAAUCGAGGCGAUUGCUUACCAUAGAGUACUGUUAUCCUUUUGGGUCGUCUAUUCUCUUAUGAGCACAGCGCCGGCGUACAGGGCGGGGCACACGACGUCUCGAUGUCUUUCCCCCCCCCCUUCCUUCCCCUUAAUCUCUAUUCUCAUAUGCCUUGCCUCUUUUUUCUUUUGCUUUGUCGACUUUUUAGUUUUACUUUUUUGGUAUCAGGAUAGAUUCCCCCGGUUGGCUUCUGAGCAAUUUAGGUGUUGUUCAUUUGUGUGUGUGCCCAGGUGUGUUUGUCUGCUUUGUUGCUUAUGACCGGAAGGGAUUGGGCGAGAUUGUGUAGCAUUAGAGGGGCGGAAAUUAUUUAUUAUUAUCUGCGAAGGAGAGGAGUGGAAGCUUUUAUACGCAAUACCUAGGCUUGUAGGCGGGCACAUACUAGGUAGGUAGGCACCGAGUACGAAAGCGACUCUGUUGCCUACCUAGGUACCUACCUACUCGUACAGUUUACCUGCUCCUGUUCAAUGUUCGAUUCC